AUUGUCUGCGUCGUCUACUCAUGUGUUUUCUUGAGGUUAGAAAUUCGGUUUUACGUUCCGAAAGGUGAACUGAAACACUAAUAAAUGUGACAAUUUCUUUUAUUGUUUUUGAACAAAUCUUCGCAAUGUCAGUAAUUCCGAAAAUAAGAGUAAUUAUUAAAAAAGCAGUACCUGUUGUUUCAAAUCUUGCAAAUAUUUCCAAUAUCGCGCGAGGUACAAUUUCCGGAUCAUCGCGCGCUUAUUCGAAGGAUAUAAAAAUCGAAAUCACAAAUGCGCAACAGGAAGACGCUCCAAUCGAACUUGAGAAGAAUCCAUUUGAAAAGAAGAAGGAAAAAUGCAUUUUGUGCAAAUAUAAUAUUGAACCAGACUACAAAAAUGUCCGUUUGCUUUCCCAAUUUCAAAGCCGUUACACGGGCAGAAUUUAUGGAAGCAACAUUACCGGCUUAUGUCAAUUGAAGCAAAAUAAGGUCGAAAAUGAAAUUCGCAAGGCCCAGGCUUGUGGUUUCAUGCCGUUUAUGACGAAAAUUAUCGAAUACGUUCACGAUCCAAAACUCUUCGAUCCCGAGCAUCCAUUUAGGCCUCACAAAUAUUAAUUCUCUUUUAUUAAAAGUAGGUUUUCUGUAAAAAAAAUAUAAAUAAAAAUAAUCUGAUAUCAAAGAGGAAA